CGUCCCGGGACCGGCCGCUGAUGGCGGCGCCGCCGACGCCGUGUGCCCCGGGCGCUCCCGCCGCUGCCUGAGGCGCUCCCGCCGCCCCCGCGCCCGCCGCCAUGACCGAGGAGCCGUACGAGAAGUUCCUGGCCCCCGAGGAGCCGUGCCCGCUGCUCUCGCACCAGCACCCGCCGCGGGGCGGCAGCUUUAGCCUGAGCGAGGAGGGCUGCCUGGACGUCAGCGAUUUCGGCUGCCAGCUGUCCUCCUGCCACCGCACCGACCCUCUGCACCGCUUCCACUCCAACAGGUGGAACUUGACAUCUUGUGGGACGAGUGUGGCCAGCUCGGAGUGCAGUGAGGAGCUGUUCUCAUCCGUGUCAGUGGGGGAUCAGGAUGAUUGUUACUCUCUGCUGGAUGACCAGGAGUUCACCUCUUUUGAUCUGUUCCCUGAGGGCAGUGUCUGCAGUGAUGUCUCCUCUUCUAUCAGCACAUACUGGGAUUGGUCAGACAGCGAGUUUGAGUGGCAGUUGCCUGGCAGCGACAUUACAAGUGGGAGUGAUGUGCUUUCUGAUGUUAUACCGAGUAUUCCAAGCUCUCCCUGUCUGCUUCCCAAAAAGAAAAACAAGCAUAGGAAUCUUGAUGAACUUCCAUGGAGUGCAAUGACAAAUGAUGAGCAGGUUGAAUAUAUUGAAUAUUUGAGUCGCAAAGUCAGUACAGAGAUGGGCCUUCGAGAGCAACUUGAUAUUAUUAAAAUUAUUGAUCCUACUGCUCAGAUCUCACCUACAGAUAGUGAAUUCAUAAUUGAAUUGAACUGUCUCACAGAUGAAAAACUGAAACAGGUGAGAAACUAUAUCAAGGAACACGGACCUCGCCAGCGGUCUGCGAGGGAGAGCUGGAAGAGGAGCAGCUACAGCUGUGCCAGUACCAGUGGUGUGAGUGGUGCCAGUGCCAGCAGCAGCAGUGCCAGCAUGGUCAGCUCAGCAAGCAGCAGUGGCUCCAGCGUUGCCAACUCCGCCUCAAACUCCAGUGCCAACAUGAGUCGAGCGCACAGCGACAGCAAUCUGUCCACAAGCGCUGCAGAAAGAAUCCGGGAUUCAAAAAAACGUUCCAAGCAACGGAAACUCCAGCAAAAGGCGUUACGGAAGAGACAGCUGAAAGAACAAAGACAAGCUCGUAAGGAAAGACUGAGUGGAUUAUUUCUUAAUGAAGAAGUGCUGUCUUUAAAAGUGACUGAGGAGGACCAUGAAGGAGAUGUGGAUGUUUUAAUGUGACAGGGGUGAAUUUAUCAGUGUUCUUUCUAAGCCUUAAAUGUAUUAUCCUUAUUGUUUACAUAUAUUUCUUGACCAAAUUUUGAUUAGUGUUAACAAUACAAACCAGAUGUUUUCUCAAGUGUAAUUUUGCUAAGAAGGUCUAAGUAUUGAGGAACUUCAGCUUUUUGAGACUAAUUUUGCAACAAAGAAUUGAGAAACUUAUCUGUCUUCUGAAAGGCUGCUGAAUAGAUAUGAUUUUAAGGAUAUUUGAACUUGGCUAACAUGCUAACUUACUUGCACGUAAGUCUAGGGGUGCUUUUGGAUGACACAAAGCAUGCAUUACUAUGCUUCAGCAUUUUUAGUUUUUUUUCCAACUUAGAGUUAGUAUUACACUUGACUUUUUCUGUCUUCCUUUCCCAUUAUUAAGGAGAUUGUUUAGCAUGAGGAAAAAUCUUCUGCUCUGUGGGGCUUUCUUAAGCCUUGCUCUUGAUUUGUACAAAAUCAAAGUACUAUUGAUACUUUUCUAAAAGUUGUGAUUUAACUCAAAAUACACAGAAAACAAGAAGCAGGACAUCUGAUGCAGAGAAUCUGUAAUACAAAUACUGCCUAAUAACGUAGUUCUUAGGAACCAAUUAAAUUUAAAAAACAACCCUCAAAAUAAUUGUGGGCUUAGUCUUCAGAAGGUUAUUUUGCUGCUCAGUAUCUUAUGAUUGUUACUAAUGGUUCACCAGUACAUCCCUAGUAUUUCUGUGAAAAGAUUCCAAUAAAAACACAUUUAUGCAUUGAAAAUACACUAAUCUACAAUUAAGUUGUCUAGGACACUACUGAAAAUAGUUAAAAACACUACUGGAAACAGAAGUGCAAACAAGUGGCACACAGCUUGAGUGGUUUUCUUCCCCAGAAGCAUAUUUAAAUAGAUUCAUAUUGUUGAGAAAAGAACUUAAUUAAUGCAGCUGUACUUUUUUAAUUGUAUGUUUAGCUGAGGUUGUCUUCUGUGUGGGUCGUUACACCAUGACAUGUAUCAGAAUUCUCCUUUUGUUGUCUAUCAGCUUUUGAAAUUUCUCAUGAUAAGAAAAUAAGGUAAAAUUGUGGCUUUCAAGUAGGGAAGUAGUAGUAGUUUCAACCUUUUUCUUAAUUCUGACAAUCUUUAAGAUGAUUUUAGUCUUUAUCUUGGAACUACUUUUAUAGAACUCCUUCCCCACAUGGCUGAGAUAAAAAUGAUUGUUCUAAAUUUUAACGCGAAAUUUAAAACUUUAUAAAAGUAUUUUUGAGUUCUGAGUUUAGGAAAUAUUUUUUUAUUAUGUUGUUGCUUCAUUACUUUAAUUGUGCUCUUGAAUUAAGGAGUUUGACAGUUUAGCAUGGCCACAGGUGUCUGUAAUUGUAGGAUACAGCCCAAUCCUGCAGAAUGCAUGUUCAGCUUUAGGACUACUGUUGUUAAUGUUCUGUGUCCUGCACAGUCUUAUUAGCCCUGACAGCUGAGGUAUUUUUUUUUCAGAAGUGGCAUUCCUUUUAGCCUCAAAAUAAACUGACCAAUUAAUUAUCUGAACAAUGGCCUCUGAAAGGGUUUUGAUAAGAAAUAAAUGAGGUCCAUAGUCAAACUAUUAUGUUUGAACUUAGUGCUGCUCUACAACAGGUCCCCAGGCUUAGCCAUUGACUGACUAAAAGGCAAGUAAUGUCAUUUUAAGCUCAUGUUAGCUAUCCCAUAUAGCCAGUUAUUUGUCCACUAACCAGAGGUGUCUGUGACCUGUCAGUGUUUGCUUGUACUGUGCUGUUGCUGGUUGAUGCCUCACUCCUGUAUAAUCAAUACUGAAAACUUCUUAACACUAUACACUUUACUGAGAAUUUAGAUUGACUUAAAUCUGGAGCUUCUUUUAAAUACCUUGUAUGGAAGAUAAAAUUUAAUUGCUAUGAAUUUGGCUAAUUUCAGGGUGUGGUUGUUAAACUUCCAUGGUAAUGGAUGAAUUCAUCAUGAAAUACUUCACCAUGUGUACACUGUCACAGUUCAGUACAACCUUUAUUUUCUGCAGUGACUUUAAAAUGUGAUUGAAUUUUUUUUCUGAAGAAAAAUGCACACUUUAUACUGUAGAGAAUUGAAACUCUGAAGUGAAUUGUAAGAAAGGUGCAAUAUCUCAGUGUGGUGGAGCAUGAAAGUGUGCCACUUUAUUCUGUUUCAGCAGUUAUUCAGAGUUUAAAAUGCCUCAGGGUUUUAUUGAGAGAAGACCCCAUCAUUUUGAUGAGGUACAGUUCAUUCUGGUCACCCAUCUACUGGCUUCCAGAGAUCAUGAAGUGAGGGAGGAUAGUAUUUCCAUCAUAGUGUGAGCAUGUAAGUAUAAAUUAUUAUAAGUGAUUAGGUGGGUCCAGUUGCUCAUCUGUUACAUUGGACAAAAAGGUCCUGGGUGCCAGAAUAGCUGAUUGUGCUGUGUUGUCUCCAGCAGGUACUUCAGUCGUGUGUGACAGUUAAAAUGAUAGAAGAGAGUGGAUUUCCAGGGAUUCCAUGCUAAUAAGUUAUAGCUCUGAGAUCUCACAGAUCCAGGAUGCUCAUUAGAAUACAAAGAAUACAAAACUCUGAAUUUCUGCAGAAUAACAUCUUGCUUACCUUGAAUGUUCUUUGCCAAGUACUCAGAGAUAUGAUGUUGUCUUUUCCUGAUCUCAGAUUCAGGCCUGAAGUGACUGUGGGAUUCAAGAGUUCUCACAUACUUUCACACAUCUGUCUUUUUUUCCCUUUUGUUUUCUCAUCCCCUGUAGUUCCAGUGACACACGCAUUUUAUGGUGGGGGCAAAUUUUUUGUCAGAUUCGUGUUUUUCCCUGCAGCAUGCUCAAUGCUUACUCAGGAAGACCCCAUCCAUGGUGGUUUGAAAAGACAUGUAAAUAUGGCACUAAGAGACACGAUUUAGUGGUGGGCUUGGCAGUGUUAGAUUUACAGUUGGAGGUGAUGAUCUUAAAAGGACUUUUCCAAUCAAAAUCUAUGAAUUUCUGUGAAAUCCCCAAGGUAUUAGUCAAACAGUUAGAAUGUCAGUAAAAUCUGGUCUUGCUGAUUUAAAUUUUGGCCAUUGUGGCUACAGGUGUAACUACUGGGUUCUGAUGAAGAAGAGUAACAGACCGCUAAAAUAAUGCAUCCUUGUGGUUUUUCUCAAAAAAUAAAUCAAAUCCCUGUUUUUUAUUGAUAGAGAAAAAAAUGUCAAGCUGAAAAGUAACACAGAGACACACAGGAAAAAGCUUAUAGUUACAUGGCUUCAUGGUACCAAAAUUCUGUCUGUAGGAACUUUGUAUCCACUGCAGUGUGAAUAUAAUCAAUUUACACUCUGUGACAAUAACAGUUUGCUUCCAUGGUAACUUUUUCUCUAAAAAGGCUUAGAAGGAGCACUGAAAGUUUGAUUGCAAUAGGACUGUAAACAAGAGAGAACAUUAUUUUCUAAUACGAUUUUAAAUAUGAGGAAGAAAGCUGGAAAACUAGGCUGAUUUCUUUGUAUCUAAUGUCAUCUUUUGUUAAAAUACCUAUUUUUUUUUUAAUUUGGGAAGCUGAUAAAGAGAUGGUUACAAUGUCCUCAGUAUGGGGUGCUUACUCAGAAGAGCAGGAAAAGUCUUUGCAAUACUUUCCUGGGCUCAAAUGUUAGUUCUCAUAUUGUGGUUUGAAGCCUGUGAAGAUCAUUCUCUGGGGAGAAAACAAACCAACCAACCUGCUUGAACUUACAUGCAUUUACAUCAGAGUGCAUAUACAAUACAGAAAGAUAAAAAUGGCAAUAUUUACUGUUUGUCUAUGCUGAAUGUCCUGAAGCCAUUUCUUUUCUCCUAACACUCUUUCAACUUUGAAAUCAGUUGAUGCAUUGGUCUAUAAAUAUUAAUAAACCUGACUGUUUUGGAAGCUUUUAAAGUUCAUUCAUAUAAGCCAGAUUUUCAUGGCAAAUGUUGUUAGAUUUAUUGGUUUAAUGUUCUUAAGCUGACUGAUCUUGCAGUUAGUUCUUGGGCACAGAAAAGUCAACAGUUGUCCAUUUAAGGAUUGCAAAGAUUAGUUUAUUAAUCUAUCAAGGGAAAAUCUAAAUAAUAUUCAAAGUUUGUCUAUUUUGACUGUUAACUCUGAUGAAUCAUAUUUGCAUUCUCUCUAAUCUGGCUAACUUUAAAACAUUUCCAUAUGACAAAUAAAUUCUUCAGUGUAAAAAAACCAAUUGUAAUAUUGAAGCCUUGAAAAUAGUUAAUAACCAAAGCAAGGGGAAGGUGGGUUUUUUGUUUGGUUUUGUUUUGGGGGUUUUUUUGGAGUUUGUUUUUGUUUUUGUUUUUUUUUUUGUUUUGUUUGUUUGGUUUUUUUUUUGUGGGGGAGAGAUGAUAUAGAUUAGAGUAUAUGGUAUUGCUUAAAUUGAGGGAUUUUUUUUCCCAGGUUCUCUGCUAAUUAUAUUGCUAAAAUGCACUUUUGUAUAGAAAACGGUUCUCUGUACAUUCUGUAUCUACUUACACAAUGUUUAUAGAGAUUUUUCUGAAGUUGUGAAGGAUUUACUGAAAGCUCUGAUGCUGUUGAAUUCAAGUUUUCAUUGUAUUUGAAAAUAGUUAUGUGCAUAUUGAAGUACAGGUUGGAAUUAAAAUUAAUGAUAUAGCAAAGAUAUUCUUAUGCAACGAUGUGGUAUCUUCUUCAGAGCAGGGAAAUUUGUAUACAGGACCUGCGGAGUCACUCUUCAGGCAGAAAAUACAAAUAAAGUGGCACAUCUUAACUGUUCUUGAUGACAGAAAGCAAACUGGUCACCCCUUAGCUAAAGGGGUUUGUUGACCACAAAAUCUGACAAGAAUUGUUUCAUAGGGAAGCAAUUGUGAAUUGUAUAACCCAAGGUAAUGUACUUAAAGCUGUCUGUCCUUUGUUUUGAUUCCUCUGCAGAGGUGUUUUUUUAUAUAUAUGCUCAGCAAGGGCAUGGCAGCCUUUGAAUAGGCAAGAGUGAGGACGCUUCCCAGCUUGUAUAAGUUGUGUCCUGAACAAAAUUUGCCUUCUACAAUAUAGAAGUUGGAAGUAUAAUAUUGCAAAAAACUCCUUUUUCCCCUUGGAAUCCAAUAAAAAAAUCCUGAAAACCUGCAAAGAGGAUAGCUGGCACAGGGAUAUAUUCCUCAGCAUGCAGAAGGUUUCCUGCAGCAUCUCAGGGAUCUAAAACCACCUUCUUUGUCUUGGCUAUGGCACAUCAAACACUUCUGAGAGAAGUUAAACUGACCAAGUGUUGCUAUCCCAGUUUCUGUAGAUGUCAAGGGAUGGAGAAGGACAGGGUGAAAAAUGCUGUAUAUCACAGCAAGUCUUGUCAAACUGUGAGAGAUCUUUAAUUGUUGUGAAUGUAACUGUGGAAGCUCUUGUUCUUGUGGUGCUAUGCCUUCACCUGAGCAGCCUGGUUGUUUUUUUCACCCACCCAAAGGUCAGUGACAAUGUGGAUUGUUUUGCAACAAAAACCAAAUUGAAAUUUUUCCAAGGACCUUGACCCAUUGGGAUGUUUGCCUGUUGUAAGGGUUGACAUUUCCUUGGAUAGCACCAGAAGCUGCAGGGAAGCUGAUGCUUGUGCCUCCCAGGAACUUUCCCAGUCCUGUUGCAGCAGUUCAUUACCAAGGUACCAGCUGCAGGGCUGAGUGCUCUGCUGGCAGCCUGCCAGCAGGGUUACAUGGACACAACCAAUGAUGUUAUGAAUCUCUUAUUAGCUAUCCUUAAGCAUUUCAUUUCUCUCUCAAGUGUAGCCAGUUUCACUGCAUUGAGAAAGUCGCAUUUGAUAGCCAAACACUGUUGAGGCACAAGCUGAAUGAAGAUUUCCACACUUGCAAAACUAAUUGAUAAACUUGCUUUACUUAAUUGACAGGGAAAGGUGUCACUGGCUAUGGGCUUGCUGUCCUCAACCCACUCUUACUAUACUGGCCUGAGCUGAACAAUUCAUCCAAACAUUUUCUAGUACAAAACUAGUUACAGUUUGGUUUCCUGAGAUCCUUUAUAUCUGUUCCUAAAGAUCCCGUGCCCUACUGGUUAGAAAACAUUUUUUUCAUCUCCUUCUAGGACAUUUAUCCAUUGUAGAUUGCUUCUCUAGUGCUAAAAUCAAAUUUAAAUUUAAAUCCAAAUCCACCUUUCUGUUCUGAAAUCUCAUUUCAUGCUCUUUCCUCCAUGCUGCAGUGACUUACACCUGGCAGCAUCACUGGUAUAAGAACAUUUUUCUGAUAAUGAACGCAUUUCUGAAGCUGAAGCAUGAUAAUUCAUCUUGCCAUUAGAGUCUUUCUGAUCGUACUUCAGUGGAAUCAACUGCAGUAUUGCUACAAAGUUUGUGGAAGAAGGAGGAUUUAUUGCAGCAGCUGCAGCGCUGUGCUGAUUCUCACGGCGGGUACCUUGUUGUCACCAGGGGGAGCGCUGCGGUCAUUUACUGCAUGUUAAAUUACAGCUGCCAACGUUACUUUGCUACAAACGCUUUCCUUUAUUCUGUUAAAUCCUGUUGAAAGAUGUUAGGGGGUGUUGUUUCUCCUCUUACACUGUUUUUGAGGAAGGGAUCUUUCUGUUAAGGGUCAGUUUUAUAAUAAUAACAUUUCCAGUGACUAAGGGAAAAGUUAGCUUUUUCUACUCAUUGUGAUUGCUAGUUCUUGCCUGGACCUGCUUAUUGCAACUGAAAGGUGGAAACACACUCCUCUUUGGUGUUAUGUAUGCACUGUGUUGCUUUUUAAAUUUCCUGAUUUCUGUUUUGAAUUCAGACUUCCUCGCUGGGGGCUGAGAAUUUUGCAGUUGAAAAUAUUAGGUGAUGAUAGAAAACAAGCAGCCAGCUUGUAAUGUGCUGAGUCUCAUAAUGUACACAGCUGCCUGUCCCUGGGAGGCAGUGCAGAAAAGAUGUAGCUUGACCUAGCUUUAUUUUUUUUAAGUAAUAACCUCUGAAUUGGGCUUCCUUUGGAGCAGAGCAAAGUACUGCUUUCCUCUGUAGUGUUUCUCUUUUGCUUGUCUGACAGUUAUCAGUACCUUUCAAAAAGCUUACUAACACGUAUAACUGCAGAGAACAUGUCAGGAGUUCUCCCUGGUAUCUUGGGUUCAUUCUUGGAAGUCAAACUUUAAAUGGUUCUGUACAGGACUAGGAAGGCUUUGAGCACUUCUAUGUGAUUGCAGAGCCAUCCCCUGUUGUGUCAGUAGCUGUCAUAAAAACAGUAGCAGAUUCUGAAGUCUUCAACUGUAGGAUAUUUCCCCCAGGAAAGAUGUGUGCCCAAAUAAUCUUGAAAGAGGGGAAUAAAGUUUUAAAUCAUAAUCACAGAGUAAGGAGAUUUAAAAUGCGGCAGAUAUUAUCUAUGAAGCUCAUUUUUCUUGACACCUACUUUCUGUCUGUACUUUGUGAGAACAGUAAGCUGUGAGUACAACAUGGGAGUUCAUUGCAGGAGUUGCUGAAAACACAGUUUUAAUUCAUUAUAGACCUUCCUUGUUAUUUAGGUAGUUAUAAUUUAAUGGUAUUUGUUUCCUUUCUAAGUAGUUAAAAAGUUGAUUUAGUCCUUGUUUUCUUUGUUCAGUGUAGAAAUAAAUAAUUAGUCACAGGGUUUUGUUUUACUUUCUGUUGUGCCUGGUAAGAGCAAAGGAAAAGCUGAAAUUAGUUCAUUUUAAUAGCUGGUCAAUUUUCAGGUAUGGACAGCAUCUAAACAUAGUUUAGAUAAUUUUGUAGGUUCCAUGUUUCCUGCAUUCCAGAGGUAUUUAAAGAGGCAACAGUCACGAUCCUGAGGAGCACUGGAAGUAUGCAAGAACUGUGGUGAUGGGCAUAUGCUUUGAGCAAUAAAUCCUCAUGCAGGGCAGGUCUGUGCAUGUCCAGAGAUUUUGUUUUUUAUCUUGUUCCAAAGCUGGAGCACAGUGGUGUGUUCACUACCUGGCUGGUACUUUCUGGCAAGAGCAGUGUCAGCUGCUUAGCAGUUACUAUCAAUUCUUUUUGCUUAGGGUCUCACAACUCCUGGGUGGUUCUACUUGGCAACUCCUCUCCGCUGUUCUAGAACAUAGACCAGUUUGGGGACCUCUGUAUCCCAUCUCUUUGUUACUGCUGAACAAAGCAAAACCAGUAUGUGUUAGGAGGGUCUAAAAAGUUGUGAUUAUGGUGCUAAGUGACUUUCACCACACACUCGGAAGUAUAUUUAUUACAUUCAAAUUAUUA